CGAAAAAGGUGAAGACAGAUAGACAUGAACGGAGACGCAGAAAUGUGAAGAUAAAAAGAGAACAGAGGAGAUCAGUCUCAGAAGCUGACCAUUUUCGAUCCAUUAAUUUCUCUUGGAACCCUGCAUUUUUUUUUCUCGGGAAACAAACACAAGAUCCUUGAAAUUGGAGCAUUGGUUGCUUAAUCAGAAGAACAGCUUAUAUAAAUUAUCAAGCUUAUGGAUUGAUAAAUGGAGUUUGAUAAUUGAGGUUGGAAGUGAAACUUUAAGAGAAGAGGUUUUGGAAUUCUGGAGUUUAUUGAUACUGGAAAAUAAUAAAAUGGAGAAAAUCUGUGAGUUCUGCACAACUUCUAGACCAGUUGUUUAUUGUAAGGCUGAUGCAGCACAUCUAUGUCUUUCCUGUGAUGCAAAGGUCCAUUCAGCUAAUGCACUUUCAAGUCGACAUCUUCGUACCCUCCUAUGUGACUCAUGCGGAUACCGCCCAUCUUAUAUUAGGUGUUUGGAUCACCGAAUGUUCAUGUGUUGUGGCUGUGACCAGAACCUGCAUGAUAUCUCUUCUCAACAUCAGAGGCGUGCAGUAAGCAGUUACUUGGGAUGCCCUUCUGCUAAAGAUUUUGCAGCAUUGUGGGGUUUCAAUUUGAAUGAACAGGAUAAUAGUGCUAUUCAAGAUCAUUCUUUACCAGGUUCUGUGAAUCCCCAUGUGAUCAAAUUCAAAAUUCCAGCACUGUCUUCUUCACAAAUUAUAAGCUCUUCAAGUAAAUUGAAUGUGGCUUCAAACUCUACCUUGGGAUAUGAUAUAUCAAGCAGUCAGCAACCAAAGGUUGUUCUCAAUGCUCAGCAACAGCAGAACACUUCCUUUAUUUUGCAACAGAUUCUUGAUCUGAAAAGGCUUCAGCUCACUGAGGGAGAUAGCUGUCAACCUUUGACACAUGGACAGCAACAAACUGAUACAUGUUCUUCAAUAAGUAUCCCUUUAGGGAAUUUUGAUCGAAAAGUUGGUCAGGAUUCACAAAAUUUCCAGGACAUUAACAAUGACCUCCACCAAAGAGGCAAUCCACUUCAAGAGCUGGAAGUUGAUUCUUUUCCUUUACCCUUUACUCAUCUGGAGCAUCUAUCCUCAUCUUCAACAGCUGGUAUGCCUUUGCAAGGAGAAUCUUUUUGGCAAUCCAAAAGUCCAACUCAAAGUAAUCAGUUAUGGUCUCAAACAAUUCAAGACCUUGGGGUUUGUGAAGACACAAGUUUCCAUGAUCAUUUUAACAUACCUGAUGUUGAUUUAACAUUCCGCAACUUUGAGGAGCUAUUUGGAGGUGAUCAAGAUCCAAUCCGAGCGCUGCUAGACGAUAAAGAUGUUUCAUACUCCGCAGUUAAGAAGGAUAUGUCCCUUGAUAAAUCAGAUUAUGGUAAUGCAAGAUCAGCAGAGGAUGCUUCUGCAGCUUCUAUUUAUGGUGCGCAGUCUGCUCAAAUGGAAAGGGAUUUGAAUCCUUCCAGCAAAAUCAAUAAUUACCAGAGAAACUUUGAUUGUCCUCACCCAAUUCAACCAUCUUAUUCAACCCUGUCCUUCACCCUUUCAAGGUUUAGCAAUGAAAGCAGUGGUACCGAUUGCCUCGACAGUGAGCUUUCACCCAUCACAGGGGGGGAAGCAUCAUCCAUUUCUCAUGACUUAGAUGGUGCACAUUCAGAAGCUAGAGAAAAUGCUAUAAUGAGGUACAAGGAGAAGAAGAAAGCUCGACUGUACGAGAGACAUAUUCGUUAUGCAUCUCUGAAAGCUAAAGCUGAUGUUAGCAAGAGGAUAAAAGGUCGACAUGCUAAAACAGAAGGGUAUGAUUCAGAUACAGCCAAUGUGACAAGAAGCUAUUGAAUUCUCCCCUCCCCUGCUUUCCAUUUAUGUUUUGUAAAUGUUUCCACUACUCCCGCAAAUUCUUUUUGUUCCUAGAAUAUGAUUAGCUUUGUUUCUAAGAAAAAACAAUAAAGAUCCAGGGCUUAU